ACACAAUGUUUUCUCUGGAAAGGCAUCUAGCGUUUUAGUUCAGUGAAUUAGGUUCUGGAGAACUUCAGACAAGAGGAAUCAAUUGCUUGAAGACCAACAAUCACGCCGAUACAUUAACAUGGACCAUCGCAGACCGCCGCUACCAACUUACGACCGUGAGAAUGUCACGAAUGGCCACUACGCUGGUUCUGAGGAACCAUCCACUAAACGGCGGCGGAUUACACCAGAGCCUCGAACGGCAACAGCCACAAAAACGGAGUUGCACUGUCGUUCGUUCAAUCUCGAAACUCUAGGAAAACUGGGGACUGCUUGCACUUCUUCGAUAAUCGACAAUCCUCAGCCACAUGCUACAUACCUUAGUGUGUCACAACCGCAGAUGUAUGACGUCUCACUCCAGACUGAAGGCUCAUCUGGUUGUCUGUACGAAACAGAACAGACAACCAAGAGCUGGUAUAGGUACCCCGAUACGGUUCCAGAAUCGUCUUUCGCCAGCGAGUCUUAUGCGUACUCUUUCCAUUCCGAUAAUGAGCGACCAACCAUACCCUGGGGAUCUCUACAAGAAUCGCGCAUCGAUACCUUGCAAGGUUCGUCGUACUCAGGACCUCCUCAAGGCCUGUCCACGAAUGAUGCGUCUCAUGUGGAUGCCUUGCCAAUCAGCCAGAUUUGUUUUGGCAUGAUCAUAGAUCUCGAGGCCACGUUUGACAGUCACCCGCUAUCCAAUCUGAGAAAAGAGUUGACUGCAGGAUUCUCUCCACCAUGCGGCUUGACCAUUAUUAACACUUUUCAUCAAGGCACGCUGAAUGAACGAAGUGCGAGCAUACUACAAGCGCUAUCCGACGAUCCUUUGGUUGACAUUCAGAUUGUUAUCAGGCCAACGGCAAGUACGAACACGAAACGGAAAGAACACACUCGGUAUCUACAACACGUCAGAGUAUCCGUUUCUGUCAUCAUAUACGGGGCAGAGUCGAUUCUCGAUGAGAUAGGAACCUUCUGCCAACAAGCCGACUUGUACUUGCAAGAUCCUAUAGGAGCAGAUCGCAAUGUUCGGUACAGAAAUCCUCAUCGUCUCUUUUCAGCCGAAGACAAAAUUCAUAUGACAUUCGACUUGCGCAACCCUGACUCCAACAUGACUGUCAGUCACAUACACAAUUCGGAUUUUCUGGACACCCUUGUCAGUUCACAGCCGUUACAGGAACUUGGAACGCCAUCCAACAUGAGGACACCGCUGUUACCACAUCAGCGACAGGCUCUAUAUUUUAUGAGAAAGAGAGAAUGUGGUUGGGCGUUCGAACAAUCUUCACAUGAUGUCUGGACACUAGCGAAGGAAUCGCCACAAUCGAUUUACCGUAAUAACAUCAACGAGACGUGGCAAUGUUAUAAACCCAUUCAAUUCAGAGGAGGCAUCCUGGCCGACUCGAUGGGGUUGGGAAAGUCGUGCAGUAUGAUAGCUCUGAUUGCGGCUGAUCUUGAGGAUAAUAUGCUGGGGACAGUUCCCAACGAUCACUGGGCCAGGGGAACCGAGGAUGUCUCCGCCACAUUACUCAUAGUUCCUCCUAAUCUUCUGGAAACGUGGGAAGAGCAGUUUCGAAGACAUCUGGCUUCGUCGAACUCGUUGAAGAUUCGUCGACACCAUUCCAUAAGACGCAUCUCGAAUCUUGAUGAACUCCGGGAAUACGAUGUUAUAAUCACAACAUAUCAAAUGGUCGAGGCUGAAUGGAAAAAAUGUAAAAGCUCAGAGAAAUCGCCUCUGUUUACAGCAUAUUGGCGUCGAAUAAUUCUGGACGAAGCACAUUAUGUGAGCGACAAUUCAAGUAGCACUUCGAAGGCUAUUUGCGCACUUGAGGCAAACGCCCGCUGGGCAGUGACUGGAACUCCACUGCAGAAUCGGCUCGGCGACAUAGCCACAAUAUGCCAGUUUCUUCGUGUGUAUCCGUACGGUGAUCCCGCUGCUUUCGAGAAAGACAUGAUCGUGCCAUGGAAAACCGGGCAUAACGACAUUGCCAUCACUAGGCUGAGAAGACUGCUUCAGUGCAUCCUCCUGCGACGGACGAAGGGUGUAGUUGUCUUGCCGUCAAGAACCGAUCUAAAAUUUACGCUGAAACUAAGCGGCGAGGAGCAAUGCCACUACAACGGAUAGUCUCUGGUACGCUGGUAAAUGGGUCGGGGUUGGGUAGGGGUUGGGUCUUACAUAAGUAUAACCUAACCCCUACCUAACCCUAACCUAACGCACAGUCUACCUUAACCUAACUUUAACCUAAUAUUUUAACGCUAGUAUUAGGUUAGAGUUAGGUUAAGGUUAUAUAGACCUUAAGUAGGAGUUAGGUUAUAUUAUAUCUACUCUAAAAUAUUUCUAGUAAUUAGAAUUUUAUAUUAUAUAGGUAAGUAUUUUAGUAAGUAUUAGAUUAGGAA